GUUUCCAACAAAGCUUCGUCAGACACCACAAAAAUGCCAAAACUUUGUUGUAAAAUGACUAAAAUCCACUUGCUCAAUCUGUCUUCCAGGUCGUCAGCAGCCACUAGCCAGUAGUCACCAUAAAACUGGUUUUUGUUGAGAGGAUUAAGAGACAAAGUUAUCAUAGGCUGCUUUGGACUAGCCUCAAAGCUUAAGCUUCAUUGUGAUCUUCCUCUCUUUCUAGUUCAAUCUGGUCCAAGAAACAGAUUGAAGUAGAAAGAGAGCCUAGUUUUUGUUGUCUUCUUCUUCUUCUUGUGGCUGUAGGAUUUCCCAAACAGAUUUGGAUACAAGACAGAGAACCCAAAACGGGGAAAAGUGUUUGGUGAUUAAGUUGUGGAACUUGAGUCGUUUGGUAAGAUGUGAGUGGCUUUUCUGAAAGUAAAGAUGGAAGAGUUUGUUGCUAGCAGUUGGGGAAGAGAAUUCGUUGCUGGAGGGUUUGGAGGUAUUGCUGGUAUAAUCUCAGGGCACCCACUUGACACUCUUAGAAUCAUGCAACAGAGUUCAAAAACUGGUUCUGCUUUCAGCAUUCUUCGCAAUGUCGUCGCCACAGAAGGCCCGACUGCUCUCUAUAGAGGCAUAGCUGCUCCUUUGGCCUCCAUCACAUUCCAGAGUGCCAUGGUUUUCCAGACAUAUGCUAUUCUGUCAAGAGCUUUUGAUCCAUCGGUUUCUCCUAAAGACCCUCCUUCUUACAGGGGUGUUGCACUAGGAGGAUUUGGCGCUGGUGCUGUGCAGAGUUUAAUGAUCACCCCAGUAGAACUCGUAAAGAUCCGUCUUCAGCUGCAAACCAAGACGCAAAAAGGCCCCAUAGAUGUUGCCAGAAGCAUAAUGAAAGCAGAAGGGCUAAAAGGAAUGUAUAGAGGCUUAACCAUCACCAUGCUAAGGGAUGCACCAGCUCAUGCUAUCUACUUCUCUACUUAUGAGUACAUGAAAGAGCAGCUUCAUCUGGGAUGUAGAAAGACUGGCGAAGAGAGCUUGCACACUACGUUGGUGGCUGGAGGACUAGCAGGAGUAGCUAGCUGGAUCAGUUGUUAUCCCUUAGAUGUUGUAAAAACAAGAUUGCAGGCUCAAUCCAUGUACCCUCUACCGAAAUACACCGGAAUUGUUGAUUGCUUCCGGAAGAGUGUGACAGAGGACGGGCACGGCGUGCUGUGGCGAGGACUAGGAACUGCGGUUUCUAGAGCAUUUCUUGUGAAUGGGGCUAUCUUUGCAGCUUAUGAACUUGCUAUGAAGUGCAUAGGCAGCAGAGGAAGCGUGGUUCUAGCAGAUAACGCUGUCUUGUAAAAACAUGCGUUCUGCAAAAUGAAGAAGUUCAAUUGAGACCAAACAACAAAAGGAAGGGUUCAAUUGCAUUUGCAGCCAUUGUGAAUAUGUGAUAUAGAUAUUUAGUAACAAUGUAAAGCCAGGAAAUGUAUGAUAGGCAAUAAGCCUUGGUGGCUUGUUGCAUAUUCUGUUUAUUUACACCUAGAAUGUACAUUUCUUAAAUCAAAAGGAUGAUUCUCUUA